CUGACUAUCUCCACCACCGACCUCGGAUCCCUCAUCCCGCCGCAGGACAAACUGCUCGUCUUCCGCGCGUUAACGGGGAUCGACAGCAUCCCCGCGCUAACGACGCUGCAGCACUACCGCCGCACGGCGCCCAACAUCGGCAUCUACACGCGCGUCGUCAAGGCGGAGCACUCGGCGGGGCGGCGCUACCGGUUUUUCAGCGUCCUGAUCAACGUGUGCCUGGGGAUCCAGAUCGUGGUGGCGGCGGCCCUGACGGCGCUGGGCGCCGCCAGCGGGCCGCACUCGGCGGUGACGGCGUUCGGGGCGAUCAACACGAUCAUGGCGGGGGUGCUCACCUACCUCAAGGGGUCGGGGUUGCCCGACCGGCUGAAACACUACCAGAACGAGUGGCGCAACAUCCGCGAGUACAUCGAGCAGCGCGAGCGCGAGCUGUGUCUGAGUGGCUGCGAGCUGGACAUCCAGGAGGAGAUCCAGAUCAUCGAGUACAUGUACGAGGGGGUGAAGCGCGAGAUCGACCAGACGAAGAGCACGGAGAAUCGGGCGGCGCCGCGCGAGGGGGGGCCGAACCGGCGGAGGUUCUAUCCGCAGCAUAGACCGCAGCAGCAGCAG